GGGGAUAGACGAAUUUACCUGAAAUAAGAAGAAUGGGAGCCGAAGCACCUGUUACAAGUCACUCUCCAUUAUUAAGCUCGAAUAGUCAGUCAAUCAACAUGAAGUCAACUUUACUUAUCUGCAUUUUUGCCUUAGUGGCCACAUCCUUGGUUAGUGCACAAGGUGGUCCUGGAAGUCAACAAGGCGGGUUCCCUCAACCCCCAGCUGGGAUGCCGACUCAAGGAUUCCCUGGAGCCCCAGGAGGUGCAGGAGGCUUUGGUGGUGGAGUGAGUGGAGGAUUUGGUGCUAAUGGGGGAUUGGGGGCAAAUGGAGGAGGUGUUCCCAAAAAACAGUAAAUGCAAUAAACACUCCAUGUUACGGAAUUAAAGUUAAUAAAUCCUUUAGC